AGCCAUUUUGGCUCAAGCCGCUGUGGCUGAUGGACAGAUAUGUGUGUUUCUUUCGUAGUUUUGUAGAUUUCUUCCUUCCGCUCGGGGGGGGCACACGUAGCCAUGGGCGCGAUCUUGCCGAGGGCCUGCGACUCGACGCUCAUCGAGCGCCAGGCAAACAAAGGGUUUGAUGUUGCAGUUGCAGAAGUCAACGGCUGGCGUACCGAUAUGGAAGAUGCGCAUCUGAUCUGGGUGAGGGACGACGUCGGCGUCUUCGGUGUUUACGAUGGCCACGGUGGGAAGGAGUGCUCUGCAUAUGCCGCCAGGAUGAUCUAUAACAGUCUUGAGAAAAACGGUGUUCCUCAUAAUGAUGCUGCUUGGGAGAAGCUUUUCGUUGAGGUCGACCAAGCGUUCUUGGACUCUGAUAUGCCUAGUGGCACGACUGUCACCAUGUGCGUUAUACAUAAGCCGCAGAAGGUGGGAGAUAAGCACAAGCUCCAUGUCAUCAACGCGGGCGACAGCAGGACGAUUCUUGGCAAAGCGAACGGUUGUAUCUUUGAUGGUGGUGGCACCGAUAAAUGCGUCAGCCAUGACCACAAGCCCGAGUACCCAGAAGAGAGGAGGCGUAUCGUGAAGGCGGGUGGUACUGUUGAAAAUGACCGUGUUAACGGAGUCCUCUCAGUGAGCCGGGGAUUCGGUGACCGUGAUCUCAAGCGGACUGGCGGACCUGGCCCCGACAACCGUCCUGUCACCUGCAUCCCCGAGCAGUACCACCUCGAGUGUGACGAGACAGACUUCGUGCUGCUUGUCUGUGAUGGAGUGUCAGAGGGGGACUUCUCGCCCACAGAGGUUGUGGAGCUCGUAGCCGAGACGCUGAAGGGGGGCAAGGAUGGGGGCACCGCUGCGCGCCUUGUCUGCCACAAGGCCAUCGACAGAAAUUCCAAGGACAACAUCACCUGCAUGGUUGUGCGGCUUCAGGGUGUGUCCGAGGCCACUGGGAGACAGGUCGAGUUUGUCCCCGGUUCGAUCUCCAAGCUGACUCAUGCAGGCUUCAGAAAAGCAUACACCUUCAUGGCCGCGAAGGCGAAUCUCUCUCUUGCCGAGGCUGUCGCUGGGCGCCCUGAGGCCAUCCAAGCCGAGCUGCAGGAAGUGCCUGGCAACAGUGACUUGACAGAGGAAGACAGGAUGCUCGGCACACCCUGCGGCGCGCCUGGCAGCGAUGAGCGCUUGAAAUGGGCUGAGCAGUGGCUGGAAGACCAUCCCGAGCAAGCAGGCGGUGGUGGACUCCCGGGGGGCAUGGAAAUGCUAAUGAUGAUGAACAUGCUUGACAAGGGAGGCGGCAAAGGUGGUGGCCCGGAAUGAGCAGCUGCGGAAACUUGUGCCCCCCUUUGCAAACUUACACGAGUGGGCUGUGGGGAAUUGGCCACGACAACGUGAUGCGCAGCACUGUGGGGGCGGAUGCUGUACAGCCAUGGCGAACGUGAUGGUGGCACGUGCCAUUCCACAGGAAUUAUUCUCCGGAUGAACUAUUCAGGAGCUUGCGGCAAACCCGCCACUGCGCCAGCGAAGCACUCUUUGCGGCGACCCUUCGAGCACUGCCCAGAAGGUCGUCACGUGCGACACAUCUCGUCUCCACGUCUUGAGGAUGGAGCGAGCGAUAUUGGACCGACGAUCGUCGCCGUCGGAAUCGUAGUCCGCCGUCGCUGCCAUCAUCACCGUCGACAUUGCCAUGGCCAUUCUGAGCCUGAGAGCCACCGCGCGAAAAUGCACGUCAAUAUCCAAGUGCAUGCCUGUACGGCGUGGGCGUCUGAGCAUGCUCCUGUGGCCCAUGUGAAAGGAUGGAGGAAGUGCUGUAGGGCCGCCCGCCCUGGGCCCAAGGACACCUUCAAAACCGCCCACACGCACGAACAGGGCGGCCACAGAGCCCGUAAGACGGCCACGGCUCCCGUUCUUCAUUUUCUCCCGCUCCUCCUCGUCCUCCUCCAUCCUCUUCCC